AUGGGCAGGGGGCCAGACCCGAAACUUCCUCGCGUGAUGCUUCCCUGGGCCAAGAACCAGGUCUCAAAGCCCGACGAGUUGGCCGUUCCGAAGCAGAAGGAUGGCGAAAAAGGUCUGCACAUUCCCUCCGAUGGCCGGCACUUCGAGGUGGCGCGUGCGCUGCUGUGUGCACACGCGGUGGCCUCCAAGGAGGGCAAACUUGUGCACGACGACGCCCCGAAACGGGCGCUACUCGUGGCUUUCAACUGUGGCAGCACGGAAGAGCUCAAGCAGCGGUACACGCCCCAGUCGGUCGACGAGGUGGUCGAGCAGCUGGAAUCUUACGCGAAGAAAAGACUGGUCGGACUACGGAGCAGCCCGAACGGCGCCGCGAUGACCGCCGUGAGGGAGGAGGUGACCACGUGGAUCGAGAUCGAGUACGGCCAGGAGACGCCCGAGUUCUACGCCAGGUACAAGCGGGACGACAAGCCGUUCUUCGAGCGGCAGGCAGACGCGUUCCUGCGCGGGGUCUUCUCCGACGACGAGAACGCGGUGCCAGCCGACGACACGGCCCGCCUGUGGCAGAUCGGGCGUGACAUGCGCGGCACCCCGUUCAGCGCCUGCAAGCCUCUGGGAGAACUCCUGGCCGAGGAGUGUGCCACGCUCAGCGACUUCUGGACGCGCCUCGAGGGCAUCGUCGACGUGGAGGCCACCUAUCGGGAUGCUCCUUCGGACACCGACGAGGUCGUCUUCCCCGACGUCUUCUGCGUCCCGUACGGCAGCGUCGUGUGGUACUACACACACCUCUACCGCAGGUUCGGGCACGCCAAAGCGCCGCGACUGGACGAGGACCUGGUGGCGAAGGCGAAACGGAAGCUACAGGCCACGGGGGCGGAGAUGGACACGGUCGACUUCCUGCUGCGCGUGGUGCAGUACGAGGGCGUCGUCGACAUCCGCGACCCUCUGCCCCCGUUGAAGAGGAGCAACGGGUAG